AUGAACGAAUGCUCAGCACGUUUUCACCCGAAACGAGCGAGGAAAUCCCAUGGAAUGCGUCAACAUGAAUAUCGUAUCAAAGCCAAACGGCUGCAGUACAACGAGAUUGCUCCGUCCUCGUCGGGUGAGAUCGACCAACCAAUUUCUUCUUCAUGCACUUUCAUCCGACAUGAAGGUCCCCCUAACAAUCAUAUAAGGUAA